AUGGUGGGACUACUCUUCUCAGUUCUUGGAAUUUUUAUUCUUGUUCUUUUUCUCAAAUCUGGUCGGAGAGAUUCCAUAGAACUGGUGAAUAAACAGGCUAUCUUCGGUCCAGUUCUUCUGAUUUUCACAGGUUUAGUUUUUCUCCUGUUUGGUUUGAUCUCCCUGGUAUCUGGUAGAAGGGAUGGGUUUCCUACUCCACGAAACCUGGACUCUACUCAGAACCCUGAAACUACAGGACAAAAAUACAGGCUCAAGAUUAAAACAAUUUCAACCCGUACUCAGGGAGACAGAAGAGACGGAGACAUUUAUAAAAAUCAGGUGGAAAAUCCAACCCCCAGGUCAAUAAAAUGGACCGCCAUUGAUAAAAGAGUUUCUUCAGGUUUGGUGAUUAGAGUAUCCUCGGUUGAUGAUUCAGAUGAAGAUCCAGAGAUUGUAAGAAAAGAAAGUCAGGACGGAGAGAAUAUAUCCAGAACUGAACAACAAGGUUUCCAACAGGAAGGACAAUGGACGUUUCCCAAGCGGAUGUGGAGAAAUCACGAGAAUUCAGAAACUCUGCCACGUGGUUUUAAGCUGAAGCUAAAUAAAACAAAAUGGCGGAGAGAAAGCACGAGUAGUAAUAGCAGUACUGUUACAGGUUUAGAAACUGGGGAACAAGGAAAAAUUCUUGAGAAGAAUUCACUUGAGGGUUAUGGAAAGAUUUUUGAAAUGAAAGAGUCGAACCCUGUUUCUGGAGAGCCGAAUUUUUUAUGGAGAAAGGACGAAGAGAGUUCUCAAAAUGCAGGUUCAACUCAAACUCUAUAAUUUGAUCAAGUUUUGGGUCAUUAAACUAGUCAACACAAGGAGCAUAAGAAGUUUAUAGCCUAUGCUUACAAACAUAUUCCCAUUUAUUUCAAAUUGAGGAUAAGUCAUUUUUAAAAAUGGAUAGGGAAUUAUUUAGAGAAUUUCCUUGACGCAUUUUUGUUUAUGCAGAAAUCAUUCUUGAUCGAACAGAAGUUUAGAUAGGAAGACUCAGUCGUUUUAAAUAAGGACUCAAUCUCUAAAGUGCUUUUUAGAGAAAUAUUAUUGCGUCAAUGGAGGGCAAUGAGUAAUUACGUAUUACAAAUUGUAGCGUAUUAUCUAAGUAUUUAAGGGAAUCUGUUAACAGUGUUUCCUUCCACCUGGAGAAGAGAUAGUUUCGAUCUAUCUAUUCCAGGAGAACCUAGAUCAGGUUCAGGUUCAGGUUCAGAGAGGAGAAGUAGUUUACAUUCAUCAUUCAAUACAGAUACAUUUAUCAAGGUAUUCAUUCAUAUCUGAGAGCAAUAAAACUGUGGAAUAGGAUUGA